AGUUUCUAUAGCAGACGACUUAUAACUUUUUAUUGUAGGCAAUUUUAUUCAACAAACAAUACAAUCGGGUGAUUCGGGCAGUCCCUACUGUCCUUGUGAUAUUUAUAAGAGAAAAUUAUCUAAUCCCGCUCCAAGUUUGUCUUUUCUGAAACAACUAAAGAGGAUUAUUCCUCGAAGAUUCAGAAAAUGGCAUACAACUAUCCUGGAAUGCCAGCAACGGCGAUGCCACCGAUGGGCAUGGGUCCGAUGGGACCACUUGGGCCAAUGGCAGGUCCACAAGGUUUUAUGGAAAUGGCAGGUCAGGGAUUUCCGCCUCUGCCACCUCCUAUACCACUGCCAGGUAUGAAUGAUAGUCCACUGGAGUUUGCAACGAACAAGAAUCAACCACCAGUGGUUAGGGAAACUUCGGAAGACACAAGUGAUCGUCGUAGUGAAAAAAGCGAUGUUCGUCGAGAUCGUGAGAGUCGUGAUUCGAGAGAUAGUCGUGAUGGUGGUAGAAGAACAAGAAUGGACCGUGGUGAUCGUCGAGAGCGAGAAAGAGAGCGACGUGAGGAGAGAUCAGAUCGUGACAGAAGAGACAGUCGGAGAUUGGAGGACAGGGCUGAGACAAAUUCCACAGGCAGUAACAACGGACAUGGAGGCAGUAGUCAAAAUGGGAACGAAGUUGGUCAAAUCGCCUCAAAUGUAAAUACGAGCGCAGGAGGAACAUCUGGUUUAUCUCAGCAACAGAUUGAAACAGCAACUGGAGUUUGGGGUAUGGGUGUUGGUUAUCCCAUGAUGGGGAUAGGUCCCAUGGGCCCUAUGGGACCCAUGAUGAGUGAAAUGGCUCUUGGCACACACUUAGGACAUGCUCAUGGCUAUGGUCCCAUGGGCAUGAGUAUGAUCCCCCACGAGAGCGCUAUGUUAGGUGCACAGAUAAUUGCCCCUGAACAAAUAAUGUCUGAUACAGCUGCUCAAUUGAUUUCCGGUGGCUUACAACCUCCUGCCACACCUCAACAAGGCACUAAAGAAAUAAUACACCGUAAAAGCUGUACGCUUUUUCCGCCUAAUCCAAAUGCUCCGCCACCUACUACUAGAGAAAGACCACCCGGUUGUAGAACUAUAUUUGUAGGAGGUUUACCCGAAAACAUCACCGAGCCUAUAAUACAGGAGAUUUUCGAACGUUGCGGUGAAAUAACGACCCUACGUUUAUCGAAGAAAAAUUUUUGUCAUAUAAGAUUCGUGCUUGAAGUGAGCGUGGACGCAGCUAUUUAUCUGUCGGGUUAUCGGGUUCGAAUAGGAUCGAAUGGAGAUGCUGCCAAUACCGGUAGACUUCAUGUCGAUUUUGCACAGGCACGUGAUGAUCAGUACGAAUGGGAAUGCAGACAGCGUCAGCUGCAGCGGGAACAACGUCACCGAGAACGAGUGGAAAAAGAACGUCAAAGGCCGCCCUCGAGUCCUCCGCCGGUGAUUCACUAUACAGACCAUGAAGCAGCAAAUAUUUACGAGAAGAUUAAGCAGGAUGAUACCUUCAUGAAAGCUGUACAAGUGGUUGUGACAUGGCUCGAGCGUGGAGAUUGCACGAAGCGAAAUGCCAACACUUUUUACUCGAUGAUUCAAUCGACGAAUUCUCACGUCCGACGUCUGCUAACUGAAAGAGCAUCGUACGAAGAGGAGCUGCAAAGAGCGAAGGAACUCAUGAAAGGAAGAAUGCAAGGACUACUGAUACAAUUCAGUCAGAUCGAACGAGUGUUCACUGCGGCCAGCCACAAGAAGGUUUGGGAUCACUUCACCAAGGCCCAGAGGAAGAACAUCGAAAUGUGGAAGAAACAGUCUUCGGAGAUCAAGGCUAUCCAAUUGGAGGACGGUCUUAUGGAGGGUGAAGGUGAAAUGGAAGUUUCUGAUUCCGAGGAUGAACCACCAAGGAAAAAGUCGCGUUCGCAGAAUGAAAUCAAUGAAGAUAGCGAAAAGCUCCAGGCUCUCAAAGACGAAGCUGACAGUCUCCGUUGCCAGUUGGAAGCUUAUAAGAAUGAGGUUGACUUGCUAAAAUCCGAAACGAAAGCUGAAAUUGACGCGAAGGAAAAACAAACGAAAAUGUUGCAACUUACUUUGAAAGGAAUGCAAGAACAGUUGCUGCAAUCAAGAAAGCAACAAGCCCAGGAUGAUCAAAAGAUCAAGGAUCUCGUUAUCAAAUUGAACUCUGCUAAAGCGGAGGAACCCCAAGAGAGCGAAAUAAUCACUCUUGAUAAAGAUGACGAUGUUAAUGACGAGCCGCGAACCCCAAAGCCGCUUGUUAAUACGAAUGGAAGUGUCCAGGUCACGCAAAAAGAUGCUAAGCUUAUUGGCCUUAUUGCGACUUUCUUACACAUCCAUCCUUUCGGUGCGAGCGUAGACUACGUAUGGUCAUAUUUACAAAAAAUGGAACCUGGCAUAAGGCCAAACGAGGUUGAAGCACUGAUGCAAAGGUUCCCCCAAGUAUUCAAGCAAGAACUUUCCGGAAUCGGUGCUAAUAUGGAAAGACGCUGGCAAUUUUCAGGUUUCAACGUUUACCGAAGUCAUUAAUGUCUAAUUCGUGAUAAUGCAACCAAAGAAUUAAUUGUAAUUGUGAACGAGGCUUUAAUUAUAUAAGAGGAUCGGUGUAAAUCUGAUGGAUUGAGCAAAAAAUGAAAGUUCGUCUAUAGGAAAGGAGCAUGUGAUUUAGAAAAAAAAAGUUUUGAACUUCCCAUCACGAUUACACGACCCAAAUUUUGCCAUAUUUAUUUUUGAAAGUUAAUCGCAUAUCGCUGCGUGCAAUAUCAUAUAAAUUAUUGAAGUUUGAAGUUGAGUGAUUUCUUCAAACGAUAAAAAUCACCUCGUGGAGUGUGCAAAACAAACAUAAAUAUUGUUCUCGAUCUGAAAUUACGAUUUUAUACGCACAAUGGUUAUGUGUAAAAAAAUUAAACUUUUCGCCGGCGCAACUGCUGUUAGUGCUUAGUACAAUGAAAUUGUUGAGCUAUCAUUUUUUUAAAUAUUUAAUCUUGCAAUGUUUGGGAUACGGAGUCCUGUAACGCCCCAGUCAAUACUGUAAGUCGGUGGUCAUACCACCUCACAUUAGUGUAAUUUCUUACCAUUGAUGAAUAAAAUUCAUCAGUAAUAA